CUAGGUAAGCAUGACUUUAUAUUAUCCUACUUACCUAGGUAGGUAAUCAUAGAAUAUUUCUCAAUCUAUUUCCAUGCGAUUAUGAAAAACAAAGCGACUAUGGUAAGGCACCCCGAAUCAAUUCGUUAAUAACAUCAGGCCAUGGUCAUAUAUCAGACCCGAGCAAAUGGGCCCCAUCAUGGGACGUAGAAACGCAUGGGAUUGUCACAAGAUUUUACGGUAUUACAUUUUUCCGACGUCUCAUUUCACGUUGGAGCUGCGCCUUCUGUAUACAUAUUCCCAACGCCCGCCUUUCAUGGUAUUUCUGUGACCAACAAACAAUCGAGAGAGUACAAAUCCUUUCACGUCGACGCCGUCUCUUCAUAUCGAAGUGCAUUCAAUACAAUUACGCAGCACAGCAAUAAUCUACCUUGAUAUCUCUCAUGGAGAUAUCUACGCGUUUGAAUCGAUUGCAGCCUCUUCUGGAAGAGCUGUUCGACCUCAGUUCCUCGCCUGGAAUCUCCAUAGGCGUCCUCCACGAAGACGUUCCCGCUUGGACAAUUCACCUUGGACGUCGUAGAAUUUCAGAACCAACGCCUCCCGACAACGAUACUCUAUACAAUGUCGCUUCAAUCACAAAACUAAUGACGGCCGGCGUCGUCGCUAACCUCGUUGCCAAAGGUCUGCUUGACUGGGACACUCCUAUCCGCGAAUAUCUCUCGGAAUUUGGGGAGAGAAGGGAUGAAGUUGGACAAAAUGCGACUAUUACGGAUCUUUUGUCUAAUCGAACUGGUCUCUCAGCACAAAACACUUUCUGGGGAGUCAUGAAGGAAGAUAUAUUCCCGGGCGCAGAGCAAAUCCCACGUAUGGCAUGUCAUAUCCCCGCCAUAGGAAAAUUCAGAGAAAGCUUCAUUUACUCGAGCUGGGGUUACGGCCUCGUAACUUCCGCAAUCGAGCGGGUGACUGGCAAGCCAUUCAGUGCCUGCGUGGAAGAGUACAUCUUUCGACCUCUCGGUAUGGUUCGCAGCACGACGAACCUUCCACAAAGUGAUAAAGUCGUCUUCAAACACUGGGUGGGCAUUGAUGGUAUAGCUCAUGAAUUCCCGUGGUCAACUUAUCGUGGUUGGUCUGACGAAACCGGAUUCGGAGGUGCUGUUGGAGCACGCACGACAUUCACAGGCUACAAUGGAUCGAUGAUCUUAGAUCCGCAAUCGCAGACUGCUAUCGUUGUACUGGUCAAUUCUCUACCACUUUUUGACAUUACAGAUGUUGCUGGACAGCUGAUUCUGGGUGCUAUCCUCGAAGAGACCAAUCCACCAGACUACACUAGUCUCUCGAAAUCAGUCCGACAUGUUAACACUCUCCUCUAUGACGCGUACACCGCAGGUUUGGAGAAGAAAAAGACAGAAGUCCCCACACAGUUCCCUCUCAAACAUUAUGAAGGAGAAUACUUCGACAAAGCUAGGAUCAUUUGCUAUUCUGUCUGUGUUUACGGGGAUCGUCAACUGCAAGUAAGAGUGAAAGGGAGCUCUUUGACUUGCUAUAUCUUAGAGUCUUGGGGCGGAGAAUUAUUCUGUCUGAGGCCGGAUCGAGAAGGAGAGCUUUCGCAGAGCAUGUGGCCGUUCACUUCGCUCAAAUCACGCAUGUUCAUGUUCAACUGCAGCCCAGAAGAAGUUCUCAGCUUCACCUGGCACCAUGAUAUCACCCCUGGCAGUAAGCCAGAAACUUUCACGAAAGACUCGCAGAAGUCGAUCGCGAGGCUGUAG